UGCCAACCUUCCUACCUACCUGACCUUGGUAGGGAGCUGUAUUCUCGCUUUGCAACGCGUUUCCUUCGUCCAUACUGCGGAAACUGGAGCUUAUAUCAACUUUGAGGACGCCAGGAUAAACUGCACAUCCCCCAACCAAAUGACGUUCCUAUCGAGAGCCAUUACCGCAUUUGGCGGUCUUCUGCUGGCCCACGCCUGCUACUCGGCGCGAGAGCACACGGCCCUGCAGUCCCUCCGAGCUGCCAGCACCGCCACGUUAACAUCGUCGGCAACGGUAGCCACGUCUCUUCCCGUGGACAUCGUACUCGAAACGAUCCUUUCCACCUUCUUCGUCCUCUUCGGACUGGUCUUGGGAGCCCGCCCUCUCCGACCGAUCGAAUGGCGUGUCUGGGCAGGCAAGAUUGAGCGGGAGGGUGAGGAGGGCUUUACGGACAACUCCGGCGCCGUAGACAAGGACUACAUGGGAAACCCUUUCAGCGUGCUUGAGACACGGCCUAACUUCGUGGAUAUUCGAAAACAGCGUCGGGAGUUUGCUGAGUGGGUGCAAAAAAGGGGUGCCGAACCAACACAUUGAUAGUCAUCACGCUACCGGAUUCAAAGAUGACGAUUCCGAUGUCCUAGCCACCAAGGAUAAGAUGUUGCUUCCACUCAGGUACCACGAUUUCCAAGUCCUCCUCCAGGAAGCCCGCAUUCGAGGCUGUCCUGCCUUCCCUGCUAGUCUGUGGUUGUUGGCAAGAGGCCGCAUCGCUCCUUCCCAAUGUGCUUCAGAAUCCGAUGAGUAAAGCCCUGGAGGCUUUAGGCUGCCAUCGACAAGUGUCACCUUUCCAGUCUCACGACCGAUGACCCGGCAUUGGUAGCAGCGCGAAUACAUCCUUCCGCCGCCUCCCAUUCACCUC